AAGCACGCAGCGAAGCUCCGCCUCCUGCAGGGGCGGAAGCCAGGACGUGUGAGGCAACUUCCUGCGUGGAGGGUGGCUUCCUGCGGCUCUCCCACCCUCUCUCUCCUUUUGCUGCCACACCGCCGCCAUCAUGGGUCGCAUGCACGCUCCCGGGAAGGGCUUGUCCCAGUCGGCUCUGCCCUACCGCCGCAGCGUCCCCACCUGGCUGAAGCUCACUUCUGACGACGUGAAGGAGCAGAUCUACAAACUGGCCAAGAAAGGCCUGACUCCCUCCCAGAUCGGUGUGAUCCUGAGAGACUCUCAUGGUGUUGCACAAGUACGUUUUGUGACAGGCAACAAAAUCUUGAGAAUUCUUAAGUCCAAAGGACUUGCUCCUGACCUCCCCGAGGAUCUCUAUCAUUUAAUUAAGAAAGCUGUUGCUGUUCGAAAGCAUCUGGAGAGGAACAGAAAGGAUAAAGAUGCUAAAUUCCGUCUGAUUCUGAUUGAGAGCCGUAUUCACCGGUUGGCUCGAUACUACAAGACCAAACGAGUCCUGCCCCCCAACUGGAAAUACGAGUCAUCCACAGCUUCUGCCCUGGUUGCAUAAAUUUGUCUAUUGUACUAAAGCAAUAAAAAUCAUUGUUUAACAGAACCAUGUUUUGUAACUUUUUUUUGGUCC